CCGCCUGCUCAAACACUAAACUUUUUGCUUUGACCGAGGCAAUGGAGCUGACAACGCUCUUACCAACGCUCUUGUUUCUGGCCAUUUGGCACUGUGAGGGCUGUCAGCUGCAGAGCUCCGCCAGCGAACCGGGCAAGGAUUGGUGGCAAACCGCCCAGUUCUACCAGAUCUAUCCGCGCUCCUUCAAAGACUCCGAUGGCGAUGGCAUCGGCGAUUUGAAAGGCAUCACCAGCAAACUGGAGUACCUCAAGGACCUGGGUGUCACGGCUGCCUGGCUGUCGCCCAUUUUCACCUCCCCCAUGGUGGACUUUGGUUACGACAUAUCCGACUUCUUUGACAUCCAGCCGGAGUAUGGAACUCUCGAUGAUUUUAGGGCUCUAAUAAAGCGGGCCAACGAAUUGGACCUGAAGAUCAUCCUGGACUUUGUGCCCAACCACUCGAGCAACGAGAGUGAGUGGUUCCGGAAGUCGGUGAAUCGCGAGAAGGGCUACGAGGACUACUAUGUGUGGCACGACGGGAAGGUGAAUGCCACCACGGGGAAGAGGCAACCGCCCACCAACUGGCUGCAGUACUUCCGCGGCAGUGCCUGGGAGUGGAACGAGCGGCGGCAGCAGUACUACCUCCACCAGUUCGCCGUCCAGCAGCCCGAUCUCAACUACCGCAAUCCGUUGGUGGUGGACCAGAUGAAGCGGGUGCUGCGCUACUGGCUGAAUGAGGGCGUGGCCGGGUUCCGAUGCGACGCCCUGCCCCCGCUCUUCGAGGUGCUGCCCAAUGCCGAGGGACAGUUUCCCGACGAGGUUCUCAGUGGGGCCACCGAGGACGCGGAGGACCGGAACUACCUGACCACCACGUACAUCGAGAACCAGCCGGAGACCAUCGACAUGGUCUACCAGUGGCGCACCGUGCUGGACGACCACAAGCGUAUUCAUGGCGGCGACUCGAGCGUCCUACUCAUCGAGACCUACUCAGCCGCUUGGUUCAGCAUCCAGUUCUAUGGCAACCGGAGCACCGAGGGAGCCCACCUGCCCUUCAACUUCAACCUGAUCACGGUGGUGGAGCAAAAGGGCCUGAGUGCCAGCAGCGUGCAGGAGGCGAUCGACCUGUGGCUGACAAACAUGCCGGCAGGUCGCACGGCCAAUUGGGUGCUGGGGAACCACGACAAGCGGAGGGCCGCCAGUCGGUAUGGAAAGGAGCACAUCGAUGCCAUGAACAUUCUGGUGAUGGUCCUGCCUGGGGCCAGUGUCACCUACCAGGGCGAGGAGAUCGGCAUGACCGACGGCGAGAUCAGCUGGGAGGACACCGUCGAUCCGUGGGGCUGCAACUCGAACGCGGACAUCUACGAGCAGUACACUCGCGAUCCGGAGCGAACGCCUUUCCAGUGGACGGGGGGCACCAAUGCCGGGUUCACCAACGGGUCCACCACCUGGCUGCCACUGGCGGCGGACUACGAGACAGUUAACGUGGAAACGGAGUUGAGUGCGGAGCGGUCGCACCUGAAGAUUUACAAGGCUCUGGUGGCCCUGCGGAAGUCAUCAAAGACCCUGCAGAACGGGUCUACGAAGUACGCGGCCAUUUCGGAGGACAUAUUCGUAGUUCAACGAUCCCUUCGCAACUCAGCCACCAUUGUGGGUGUUGUUAACUUUGGAACGGUGGCCAAAACUGUGGACUUGAGUCAGUUCGACAAGAAUCGUAACGAGAGCUUGCAGCUUCUCAUCAGAAGUAUUGACUCCACCAAAGUAGAAGGCACUCGUUUUGACCCAAAAACCUUGAGCCUUGAUCCCGCGGAAGCCUUAGUUUUAACCACCGAAUAAAAGUCGAUUUCUUGAAA